UUUAAGUUGGUAAAAUAGAGUAGCACCAUUACAUUUGACACCUCCUCUUCCUCAUCCUUUCUAUCCAAUAAAAACACACACCCUCAUCUCUCUGCUGAAGUAGCUCCUUCUCUCUCACUCGCUCUCUCUCAAUGUCUCUGCCUCUUCCAAGCCACAUGAAAUCUUUACUUUUUGGUGGGAAAAUUGACCUUAGUGCGAGUGUCCCUGUCCCUCGCGUUGGUUUUUGGAGGAAGAAUGUGGAGUGUAAAGAAUCAAGAAUAGGAAAGCAGCCUAUUACAGUGCCAGCUAAUGUGGCAAUCGCGAUGGAAGGACAGGAUCUCAAAGUGAAGGGUCCUCUUGGUGAACUUUCGAUCACUUAUCCUCGUGAAGUUAUACUUGAGAAGCAAGAAUCUGGAUUUUUAAGGGUCCGAAAGGCAGUGGAAACAAGAAGAGCCAAUCAAAUGCAUGGACUUUUCAGGACCCUUACAGACAACAUGGUAGUUGGUGUUUCUAAGGGAUUUGAGAAGAAGCUUCAGUUGGUUGGUGUUGGAUAUCGUGCAACGGUUGAAGGGAAAGAACUUACAUUGAAUCUUGGGUUUUCUCACCCUGUUAAGAUGACAAUUCCAGAUGAGCUGCAGGUUAAAGUGGAGGAAAACACCAGAGUAACUGUUAUUGGACGUGAUAAGUCUGCUGUUGGUCAGUUUGCUGCAUCAAUUAGGAGCUGGAGACCCCCAGAACCGUACAAGGGCAAGGGUGUAAGAUACGUUGAUGAAGUGGUCCGUCGAAAAGAAGGGAAAGCUGGAAAGAAGAAAUGAGAAGAUACAGUUUUUUGUACCUGGUCUUUUGUGCUAUUUUACUCACGUAAAGUCGAUAUUGUACUCAUCUGACUAAGAAAGGAAUACAAUGGCUAUGUACGUCUAGUUGCUGCAUUACUUUUCCUGUAUUGAUUGACUGUAGUUAACCUCUGCUUAGGCUUUCAUAAGUUUUGAAAUGAUUAAUUCUCAAUCUCACUGUGCUCUGAGUAAACGGAAUAUUCAGUAAAUUGUCCUCUGCUUCAACAGCAAAACAGUUACAGAGUUACAGAGUUGUUGGUGCAA